AUGAACACCAGCGUGGACGAUCCCCGCAUGUACGGGGAACCAGUUUAUGACUUGUACAACUACACCUGCUCACAGGGUUAUCUCCUCCUUCCAGUGAUCAAUGAGUAUACCUGGGGGAAUGGAGUACGAGCCUUCCUGUACUUGGCAGGUCUGCUGUGGUGUUUUCUGGGCGUGGCCCAUCUUGCUGAUGUGUUCAUGGCCUCCAUUGAAAGGAUUACUAGCAGGACCCGGACAGUAAGGAUUGCAGAUGGCGAAGCUGAGAACGGAUACAUUGAGGUGGAGCUCAAGGUGUGGAAUGACACUGUAGCAAACUUGAGCCUACUCGCUCUAGGCACCAGUGCGCCUGAGAUUCUUCUGUCGGUCAUUGAAAUUAUUGGCAAUAGGUUCCAGGCUGGAGAGCUUGGUCCCGGGACGAUCGUAGGAUCAGCUGCCUUUAACCUGCUCAUCAUCUCCGCCAUCUGCAUCUACUGCAUCCCUGAAGGGGAGAUAAGAAGGAUCGCUAGCGUGAAGGUUUUCGCUGUCACGGCUUUUACGUGCGUGUUCGCCUACGUCUGGCUGGCCAUUGUCUUGCUGGUAAUCUCCCCUGACGUCGUCGAAGUAUGGGAGGCGGUUCUGACAUUUGUCUUUUUUCCUCUCCUGAUCGUCGUUGCUUAUUUGGCAGACAAGGAUUUCUUUUUGAAGAAGGAGAAGAGGCACAGACAGGCCUUUAUUGGGAUUCCCAUGAAUGCUAACAAAGAAAGAGAAGCGCUUCAACCCAAAGAAAGUUUGGACCAUGAGUUGCACAGACUGGCAAAGGAACUGGGGCGAGUUGAAGGUUUGCCCCCAGACCAGGCUGCCAACAUCAUUUCUCGUCACAUUGCCGAGGAGGUGCCACAUGACAGGGGCUGGUAUCGUAUCAAUGCAAUUAGGAGCUUGACCGGGGGUAGAAAGCUGAUCCCUAAAGUGAUGUCAGCUUUUGAGGAUAUUUACAAAGAAGUUCAGAAACCCUAUGAUGAACGUGUUAAACAAGAUGGUGGCCCUCACACAGAUUUCAGUGAGGGUGGCAGGCUUGCCGUCGUACAGUUUACAGCAGCCGCAGUGGCAGUGAUGGAGAACGAAGGAAAAGUUCGCAUUGGUAUCAAAAGAUCUGGGCGUAUGGAUAUCCCUGUAUCUGUUAGAGUUGAAACCAUCAAUGGAACUGCCUUGGCAGGAGAAGAUUACAAACCCUUUAACAAAGUCAUUGACUUCAAGAAAAACGAAGCCCUCCGGGAGGUGUACAUUGAGAUCGUGGAUGACUUUGAAUGGGAGCCUGACGAGUUUUUCUUUGUGAAGUUAAAGGUUGAAAACUCUGAAAACUGCGUUCUUGGUCCUAACAGCAUCUGCGAAGUCACUAUUAUUAAUGAUGAUGAGCCUGGCAUUCUGGCAUUUGCCAAACCCAGCUUUGUGGUUCAGGAGACUGGUCUGAAGGCGUUGAUCCCGGUGGUUCGAUUGAAUGGAGCUGAUGGUCAUGUGGCAGUGAGGUGGAGGACAAAAGAUAUUACAGCCAUAGAAGGGAAGGAUUAUUCUGGAAAGGAAGGAGAACUCAUUUUUGAUAAUCAAGAGACCACCAAAAACCUGAUUAUUCCCCUUUUUGAAAGUCAGAAAGAAGAGCGAGAUGAAAGCUUCCAGAUUGAGCUGUUUGAGCCUACCGGUGGGGCAACUCUAGGAAAAAUCAACAAAACAAUAGUCACCAUUGUGAAUGAUGAAGAAUUCAAUGGUCUCGUCAGCCGUAUCAUGAACAUGACCAGGGCAAACCUUGAAGCCCUGGAGCUGUCCAAAACCACGUACAUGCAGCAGUUUAUCGAAGCCAUGAAUGUUAAUGGUGGGGAUGUUGCCAACGCAUCAUUUGUAGAUUAUAUACUCCAUUUCUGCUCAUUCUUCUGGAAGGUUCUUUUUGCCUUUGUCCCACCAACUCAUUUUUGCGGAGGAUGGCCAACCUUUAUAAUAUCCCUUGGCCUGAUUGGGUUUUUGACUGCUAUAAUUGGAGAUCUGGCCAGUAUUUUUGGAUGCCUGAUUAGACUAGAGGAUUCCAUUACUGCCAUCACACUGGUUGCUAUGGGGACAAGUAUGCCAGAUACAUUUGCAAGUAAAACAGCAGCAACCAUGGAGAAGACUGCUGACAAUUCUAUUGGAAAUAUUAACGGCAGUAACUCGGUGAAUGUGUUCCUUGGGCUUGGCCUUCCGUGGAUGCUGGCUGCAAUCUAUCAUGCUGUCAAUGGAGACGUCUUUGUGGUACCAUCAGGAUCUCUUGGAUUCAGCGUUAUCAUCUACACCAUUGUCGCCGUCAUUGCACUUGUAGUUCUCGUUGCACGUCGUAUGAUACCAUCAAUCGGAGCUGAGCUUGGCGGCCCCACCUGUUCCAAGAUUUUCUGUAGCAUCCUGUUUAUCAUUCUUUGGGUUCUGUACGUUCUUCUGUCAGCUCUGCAAGCUAAAGGAAUUAUAAACGUACAUAUUGGUGCUUAA